UCAGAAACCAGUACAUUCCGUGUGCGAAGCUUCAUUUCACUUGUCUAGCUACUGCCGUUGGCUUUGGUACGUCGCUCCCGUUUAAGUAAUCAACCGCAAACAUAACAAUAAAAUUUAACACAUUUACAAUUAAGAUUUUCUUGUUUAAAAUUAAAAUAAAUUAAUGGUAAACAUGUUGAGAAAUAUUAGCUACCUGUCGUGCUUACUAUUCGUGUCCAUUUGCUGCUUAGCCCAGGCAAAACCGCCAGAAAUAGUGUUAUAUGAGGGCGAUGACUGCGUUACCAACAAGUAUGAGGGUAUCUGUUCGGUGGAGAAGCAAUGUCCACAUUUAGAGGCGACCAUGACCAGGAAAGGCCUAGUGGCCAAUAAUGUCGGUCACUGCGGCUAUACGGUCUACGAAGAAAUCAUUUGUUGUCCUUCGGACAAUCCAGAGCGACCGCUGUACAAAAAAUAUUUCGAACCCACUAUUAUACACCAAUCUAUAACAAUGAUUAUCACCUCGACAACGAUUAUACAAACGGAGAAAAUCGGCGAUGAUUUGAUAUUCACUCCACUCAAUCUGAAAGUGAUGUAGUAAUACAAAAACAAAAUUAUUAAGUGUAAGCAUAGACAGAUACGGAGACACAUACAUUAAUACAUAUUAGCAUGAAUAUAUAUAGACUGCAAUAAAUUCAUUGUAAUAAUCACAAAAAAAAUAAAUAGUAUUUCUCAAAUAA